AUGUCAGUUUUAAGUGUUGGACAAUCAAAAAAUGGGCAGUUAGGACAUGAUUCAAUUAAAGAAUGUUUAGAACCAACAGUUAUUGAAGGAUUAUUAGGUAAAAGAAUUAUACAAACAGUAUCAGGUGAAGCACAUUCAUUGGCUGUAUCAAGAUUUGGAGAUGUUUAUUCAUGGGGUAGAUCAAAAGAAGGUCAAUUAGGUAUUGGUCAAGGGUAUGGUGGUAGUGAUAAAGUAAUGUUUGUAGCAAAACCAACAUUGAUUAAAAGUUUACAACAUGAAAGAAUUAUAAAGGUAGCAUGUGGUAAUUUUCAUAGUUUAGCAUUGACUGAUAUGGGUAAAGUUUAUGAAUGGGGUCAACUACAUCGAUUAGACGAGUCACAAUCAUCAUUGGAUAUACAAUCAACCAAUGGUUUAAUUGAAAUGCCAAGAUUAUCAUCUCAAAGAAUUAUAGAGGCAUCAGUUUCACAAUAUCUAUCGGGUGAAAAGAAGGCAUACGAUGCCAAUGGUGGUACAAAACCAAAGGAUGAUGAUGAAGAUAAGGAAGCAUCCAAUAGUGCACAAUCAAAGAGUAAGCAUUUGGGUAAAAUCAUUGAUUUAAAUCAAACCAUUCCAAUGCAAAUUCAAGAUAUACCAGAGGAAGUGGUAGAUGUGAGUGGUGGUUGGGCAUUUAGUGCAGCCGUUACUAAAUCUGGUCGUUUAUAUACAUGGGGAUUCAAUGAAAAGGGUCAAUUGGGUUUAGGUAAUCGUUGGUUUCAUUCUACACCACAAUUGGUGAAAACAUUAAUCGAUGUGAACAUUGUUAGUGUUGUAUGUGGUCGUCAACAUAUUUGUGCCAUCACCGAUCAAGGUGAAGUUUAUAGUUGGGGACUUGGUGUUUUCGGUCAAUUGGGUCAUGGUAAUGUAAAGAGUUACCUUCAUCCAAAGAAAAUUCAACAGUUUGUAGAAUUAAAUGAAAGAAUAGCUCAAGUUGCAUGUGGUUCCAAUUUCACUAUGGUUAGAAGCGUCCAAGGUCUAUUGUAUGCAUUUGGUCAUGGAGAAUAUGGUCAAUUGGGUAGCACAGAAGAAACUCAACAUUUGGAUUUCGGUGGAAGAGAUAAUCAUUUCAAAUAUUCAAUACCAAUAGUGGUUAAAUCAUUAGAAACUAAAAAAAUUAAAAAUGUAGCAUGUGGUCAUUUACAUACAAUCGUUGUAACUGAUGAGAAUGAAGUUUAUCAAUGGGGUUGGGGUAGUUCUGGUGCAUUGGGUUUAGGUAAUAAAAGAUUUCAAUUGGUACCACAAUUAAUCACUUCUCUAUCUGGUGAAGAAAUUGCAUCGAUCACAGCCGGUGAAAAACAUACAAUCGUUGUAAGAUGUUCCGAUGUAACUUCAUUUGCUUAUGAUUAUAAAUCAUUAAUUAAUGAAAAGAAGUAUGCAGAUUUAAUAUUUAAAGUUCAAGAUAAGAAAAUUUAUUCUCAUUCAUUAUUUAUAAAAUCACGUUGCCAAAAAUUAUAUUCAAUAAUUUUAUUUUCAUCAAGAUUUAUUAAUCAAUAUUCAAAUAAUAAACAAGUUGUUGUGGCUAAGGAAGAAAAAGAAGAAGAAAAAGAAGAAGAAAAAGAAUUUAAUGAAAAUGGUGAAGAAAUUAAAAUUAUUGAUUUAGGCAAUUCAGUUAAAUAUCAAAUUUUCAUUGGUUUUUUACAAUAUUUAUAUACUGAUCAUUUAGUGAUUGCACCACAUUUAAGAAUUGAAUUGGGUAAAUAUGCUGAAAAGAUGGGAAUUGAAAGAUUAUCAGCCAUUUGUAAACGUUAUACCUAUAGAUUAAGACUCACCGAGAAAAUACCACCUUCAGAAUUUAGUAAACAAUUAAUUCAAGCAGUUGAUGAAUUAACCAAAGCUGAUAUUUCAUUCAAAAUCAAAGAAUCUGAUACCUCUUCAAUUUACGCUCAUAAAUUCAUUUUAACUCAAAGAAAUCUUUAUUUUAAAACAAUGUUUGAAUGUUCAUUCAAAGAGAAGGAUCAAAUGGAAUUCAUUGUAAGUGGUAAAGAUGAAAAUGAUAUCUCUUCCAAAGAAACUUUCAAACUAUUACUUCAAUAUAUCUAUGGUAAUAAUGAAGAGAUUAUCAAUGAUGAUAAUGCUAUAGAUAUACUUUGUUUGGCUGAUAGAUUCAUGAUUGAAGAUUUAAAAUAUCUUUGUGAAUAUCAUUUGGAACAAAUGGUUUUAUCAAAUAAUGAAAUUUUAUUAAAAAAUGUUCCAAAAACAACAAAUAACAUCGAUGGAAAUCAACAAAAAUUAAAGAAAGAAGAUAUUUUAAAUUUUGAAGAAACUUUAACUUCAUUUGAUAAUAUUUGUAUUCUAAUGCAAGUUGCCGAUGGUUUCAUGGUUAAAAGAUUAAAAAGAAUUUGUAUGGAUACUAUUAGUCAAAUCGAUUUCGAUUUAUUUAAAAUUUUAAAUACAAAAAAUGAAACUUUAAAAAAAAUUAGAAUUAAUUCACCAUUAUUGAUUAGAGAAUUAGAUAAUUAUGCUAGAAAUUUUGGUAAAUUUCAACAAAAUUCUUUAAUUGAAUUAAUUAGAUAA